AUGAAGGACUGCUCAGAUAUCGUCCUCUGUGUGGAGACGACAGAGCUGAGCAAGACUGAGUUCUGCAAUCCUGCUUUUGAGCCUGAAUCAGGGCCACCCUGCCCCUUCCCCGCCCUCCAGGAGGACACCAACUGCAGCGCCCGAGCUCCCUGGCAUGGUCGGCAUCCCCGACGGCUGCAGCCGGACUGCCGCUUCUCCUGGCUCUGUGUCCUUCUGCUGGCCGGCCUGCUGCUCCUGCUGCUCGGGCUGCUGGUGGCCAUCAUCCUGGCCCAAUUGCAGGCUACAGCCCCACCCGGAGCCACCUACCAUCCACUGCCUUCCCGAGGCCUCGCCACCAUUGACACUACCCCUGCCACCUCCACCACCACCUCCCAGGCAACUGGGACCCCUAGAGGGCAACCGGAGGUAGGAGUGAGCCUUGCACCCCAGUCCGCCUGUGGGGGCCUCCUUCCCGGCCCAAGGGGCUUCUUCAGCAGCCCCAACUACCCAGACCCUUACCCACCCAAUGCCCACUGCGUGUGGCAUAUCCACGUGGCCACAGACCAUGCAAUACAGCUCAAGAUUGAAACACUCAGCACGGAGAGUGUGGCCUCUUGUCUUUUCGAUCGCUUGGAAAUCUCUCCUGAGCCUGAAGGCCCCCUCCUCAGAGUAUGUGGGAGGGUGCCUCCCCCCACACUCAACACCAAUGCCAGCCGCCUCCGGGUGGCCUUCGUCUCUGACAGCAGUGUGGAAGGAUCUGGCUUCCAUGCCUGGUACCAGGCUGUGGCCCCUGGACAUGGGCGCUGUGCCCACGAGGAGUUCCCCUGUGACCAGUUCGUCUGCUUGCUGCGUGACUCGGUGUGUGACGGUUUCACCAACUGUGCUGACGGCAGUGAUGAGACCAACUGCAGUGCCAAGUUUUCAGGGUGUGGGGGGAACCUGACUGGGCUUGAGGGCACUUUCUCUGCUCCCAGCUACCUGCAGCAGUACCCUCACCAACAGCUUUGCACCUGGCAUAUCUCGGUGCCUGCUGGACAUGGCAUCGAACUGCUCUUCCACAACUUCAGCCUGGAAGCUCAGGAUGAGUGCAAGUCUGACUACGUGGAGGUGUACGAGGCCCGCAGCUCAGGGGCCCUCAGUCUCCUGGACAGGUUCUGCGGAGCAGAGCUGCCCCCGCGUCUCAUCUCCUCGCACCACCAGCUGGCAGUGCUCUUUAGGACAGACCAUGGCUUCAGCGUUGGGGGCUUCUCAGCCACCUACCGGGCCCUCAAUGCCACAGAGAGCCCCUGUAGGCCCGGAGAGUUCCCCUGCCAGGAUGGAAGGUGUAAGAGUCUGCAGUGGAUGUGCAGCACGUGGCGAGACUGCGCCGAUGACAACUGCAGCAGCCCCUUGUUCCCAACCCCAGAGCUGGCCUGUGAGCCUGUCCAGGUGGAGAUGUGUGUCGGUCUGAGCUACAACACCACGGCCUUCCCUAACAUCUGGGUGGGCGUGACCACCCAGGAGGAGGUGGUGGAGGUCCUCAGAGGUUACAAGAGCCUGACAAGCCUGCCCUGCUACCAGAAUUUCCGGAGGCUCCUCUGUGGGCUGCUGGUGCCCCACUGCACCCCACUAGGCAGCGUCCUUCCCCCUUGCCGCUCUGUCUGCCAGGAGGCAGAGCGCCAGUGCCAGUCUGGCCUGGCGCUACUGGGCACCCCCUGGCCCUUCAACUGCAACAGGCUGCCUGAGGCAGCUGGCCUGGAGGCUUGUGCCCAGCCCUGA